AUGUUCUCAGACUCGGAGCACCCGCGCAGGAUCGUGGACGUCGUCGCCAGGAAGGGGGGCAACGUGCAGACCGACACCAUGCCGACCAGCAACCAUUACUACUACGACCAGGCCAGGCGCAUCGCCCCCCGCAACAUCGCCGACGCGUUCGCAGCCCGCCCCUUGCAGUGGCCCUCCGCGUUUGUUUGCAUCAGGGUGGGCGUCCAAAAAGCAUGGGCCAAUGUUGGCCUUCCUGAAUCGGUUGGUCCACAUCCUGUCCAGCAGUGUCCAAAACGCAUGUCCCAAAACAGGUUAGGUCAGCGUUGA